AUGGAGCCUGAAACAAAUUUCGAUCAAAUUUACCAAAAUGCCCUUCCACCGGCCUUGAAGCUCGAAAAACUUGAUGAUUUUUCGAUGGACAAAAACACUUAUCUCCAAGAUUUUCACCACCUUGAUCAUCAGUUCCAUUUACCAUAUUAUUCUUCGUCGAGUUUGAAUCCGAGUGUCGAUGUACAAUCCAACAGCUCGGAUCCUUUCUACCCCUCGUUCGUCGACUCAUGUUCGGUUUACGAGUUUUUGGAUAAUUCUUCGGCCGCCAUGCAAAGUUUUCAAGAAUGCGACGUGCAUUCGAAUAAUAAUCCGAAUCCGAAAGAUUUAUCGACCAAAAUCGAGACCUUAAGGAUGGUUUUUCCGCACGAAGAUAGCUCAUGCGUGACAGCCGAUAAUAAUAAUAAUAUCACCGGCUUUCGCGAAGGGAAUGACGAAAAGAACAGUAAAAAUCCAAAAAAUACGAAAAGCAGUAGCAAAAUAUAUCAAUCGGUCUCGACUAAAAGGCUCGGUUUCAUCAAGAACAAGUCGAAGCCGAGCAAGGGGCAGUGGACAGUUGAAGAGGAUAGGAUUUUGAUCCAUUUGGUGGAGAAAUAUGGAGUUCGAAAAUGGUCGCGUAUAGCGCAAAUGCUCGAGGGGAGGAUAGGGAAGCAAUGCAGAGAGAGAUGGCAUAAUCAUCUAAGGCCUGAUAUCAAAAAGGAUCUAUGGACAGAGGACGAAGAUCGAGUUCUUAUAGAAGCUCACGCAGAAGUUGGCAACAAAUGGGCAGAAAUCGCGAAAAGGCUUCCCGGAAGAACCGAAAACUCGAUCAAAAAUCACUGGAAUGCCACCAAAAGACGACAACUCUCACGACGAAAAUGCAGGACUAAAUGGCCGAAACCGAGCUCUCUCCUCCAAAACUAUAUCAAGAGCCUACAUUUAGGAAAAGAGGACAUAAAAAAAUCAUCGUUUAGAAAUGAGGCUAAUAACGCUUCGUCUGCAGAAGCUGCUCAUCCGGACGAUAUUUUCAAGAAUUCUCAAAAGGAAGGAGUGGCCUUAAUUAGCUCCGAACAAGUUUAUGAUCGUAUGGUGUCGGGUUUCGAAUUUGACGAGGUCCCGGAUCUUGGUUUUCACAGUUAUGAUGAUGAAAAGUUCGACUCGGUCGUGGAUUUGGCACUCGAAGCGCCUCCAUUGAUGCAUUAUGAAGGGGAGGAGGUAGAUUUUUUCGAUGGGGUGGAGGAUAUGGAUGCAUGGUAG